GUCCCCAACCGUCGCAAAUCCGUGGAUAUCUGGGGUGAUCGUCCAUGAAUCGAUAAAUUCUUAUUCCACCUGAAGUAUAGAUUGGAGAAAAUAGCUUCGUCGAUGCAAAACAACAUGGAAAAACCCUUGCCCGCCGGCUAUCGCUGGCGCUCGUCACGGACCUUCAUCGUCUUCACUGUCACCGUCGCUCUGUUUGCAGAAACCUUUCUCUAUGGCUUCGUCGUCCCCAUCCUGAGCCAUAUGAUCGAGGUGCGGCUGGGCAUCGACCCGUCCGAAACGCAACGCUAUACCACCGCGCUGUUGUCCCUCCAUGGCUUUCUUGGCGUCAUCGCUGCCCCCAUCAUCGCCCAUUUCGCUGACAAGACCCCCAACCGCAAACUCCCACUGCUCCUGGCCCUGGGCGGCUGCUUCGUGGGCACCACGCUGGUUGCCCUCACAUUGAAUGUGACUACGUUGUUUGCGGGCCGCAUGAUGCAGUCCAUCGCCGGGUGUGCAGCUUGGGUCGUCGGGUUCGCCAUGCUGACCGAUUACAUCGACGCCGAUAACAUGGGGGCGACGAUGGGACUGGCCAUGACGUUUGUGACGGCGGGCAUCAUCUCCGGCCCGACGGUGGCGGGAGUCAUGCUGGAACUCUUUGGAUACUGGUCGGCCUGGUCGGUUCCUUUGGUGGUGCUAGCGGUGGACAUCGUCGCGCGGUUGAUUAUGGUCGAGCCCAUGGAUCAAGCCAAGGCUCCCACCUCGCAGGAUGAGACCACUGGUCUGCUGUCGGACAGCCCAGAGGACCAGCUGGCCGCAGAUGACUCGGCCCGUCCCGACGCUUCAUCUCCUGGCCAUUUCUACAAGAUCAUGCUUAGCGAUGCCCGGGUGCUGGUCGGUCUCGCGAAUACCCUGGGGAUGUGCUCCAUCCUAUCGGGGCUCGAGGCCACGCUCCCUCUGCACCUCCGUGAUGCCUUCAACUGGGGCAGCUUGCCGACCGGCUUGAUGUUCUUCUGUCUCCAGAUUCCCUCGUUCUUUCUCGCUGCGGCGGCGGGAUGGAUGCGCGACCGACAGGGACUCCGCAACCCGACGGCGCUGGGUUGGUUCUUGCUGGCGCCCCUGCUGUGGCUCCUGGGCGUGCCCGGCGACGCUAAGUUCCCGUGGGCCAGUGCCGACGCCCACGGCAAGCCCAUGUUUAUCGCGACCAUGCUCAGUUUUGGUCUCUUCUCCAUGCUGGUCCGUGGCGCCGGUAGUCUGCAGGUGACUUUCGUCGUCAAGGAGAAACAGGCCAAGGACCCGCUCAUCUUCGGACCCCAUGGAGGGAGCUCGCGCAGCUUCUCGAUGGUGGAGAUGGCCUUUGGCGUCGGAUCGAUGGUCGGCCCUCUGCUUGCCGGCUCGUUGUCCGAGAGUUACGGUUAUUAUUACUCGACCAUGGUGCUUGCAAUUCUCUGCCUCGUGCUCUCCGUCGCGUCGUACAAAUACUUUGACACCCGGUCGACCCGAUCAGAUGGUCCCAACGCUUAGACGAGUUAGACUGAUGGACUGUGACGACUUGUCGAUGAGAUAGAUGAUAAAUGUUGGUAG